UAUCUGUGUUGACUACAAAGUGUAAGGAAGAACAUAAACGCAACCGGAAGUUAGGGAUCCUGAAUCCAUAGUGGGGCGUGGCUAGGUGGAGCAGGCGCCCGCCCUCAAGAUGGAGGACGCCAGCGCAUGGGAUGAGGGUAGUAGCGGUUCUAGUACUAGCAAUGAUGAGGAUGAGGAUAUGGAUAUGGAGGAGAAGGGGCAAGAAGAAGAGAAGGAGCAAGGGAAGGGUCGAGGAGGAGGAGCUUAUGUGCCAGGGCAGGGUCCCCCUCCUGCACCUGGAGAAGAGCUGGUGAUGGACGAGGGUGCCUAUCGGCUCUAUCACCGUGCACGCACAGGUGCUCCUUGCCUGAGCUUUGAUAUUUUGCGAGAUGCCCUUGGAGAGAAUCGAACUAGCUACCCGCUGAGCCUUCUCCUUUGUGCUGGAACUCAGGCUGAAAGUGCCCAGGCCAAUAGGUUAAUGGUGAUGAAGAUGCACAACCUUUUUGGGACCAAACAAGCUAGGAAGGAUGCUUUGGGGUCAGAAUCUAGUAGCGACAGUGAAGAUGAUGAAGAUGAAGAGAAGAAGCCCCAGCUGGAACUGGCCAUGGUCCCCCAUUAUGGGGGUAUUAACAGAGUGCGGGUGACAGACCUGGGUGAAUCACAGAUCGCAGCUGUUUGGUCUGAGAAGGGGCGGGUGGACAUAUAUGACCUACAACGCCCCCUAGUGGCUCUGUCUGACUCCCAAGCUAUGGCAGCCUUCCUGCGAGAAGAGCAGGCCAAGAUCAAACCCAUCUUCUCAUUCACUGGGCAUAUGACAGAAGGGUUUGCUAUGGAUUGGUCUCCUAAGAAACCAGGCACUCUUCUGACUGGUGAUUGCAACAAAAACAUCCACUUGUGGACACCCAAGGAGGAUGGCUCAUGGUUUGUAGACCAGCGGCCUUUUACAGCUCACACUGCAUCAGUGGAAGACCUGCAGUGGUCCCCAAACGAAGCUACGGUUUUUGCUUCCUGCUCAGCAGAUGCCUCCAUCCGCAUCUGGGAUACACGGGCACCACCAGGGAAAGCCUGCAUGCUGAGCACCAGCCAGGCACAUGAUGCAGAUGUCAAUGUCAUCAGCUGGAAUCGAAAUGAACCCUUCAUUGUCAGCGGUGGCGAUGAUGGGACCCUAAGGAUCUGGGACCUGAGACAAUUCCAGAAAGGCACAGCCAUUGCCACCUUCAAGCAGCACACGGCACCCAUCACUUCUGUUGAAUGGCACCCUACAGACAGUGGCGUAUUUGCAGCCUCUGGGGCCGAUGACCAGGUGACGCAGUGGGACUUGGCUGUGGAGCGAGAUGAGGAAGCUGAGGCCGAGGACCCGGCUCUGGCCUCCAUCCCACCCCAGCUGCUGUUUGUUCACCAGGGAGAAAAUGACAUUAAGGAACUGCAUUGGCAUCCACAGUGCCCUGGCACCCUCAUCACCACAGCCCUAUCCGGUUUCAACAUAUUUCGGACUAUCAGCGUCUGAGGGAGAGGCUUUCAAAAUGGCCGCCUGAUGUUUGCAGGCAUGCUGUUGAGGUCCUUGACUGCAAUAUUCAUUCAGUGCUUCAUUCAAAAUGGCUGCGAUCUCUCCUCUCUGUGGACUAAAGCCCUUUAAAAUGGUUUCUUUGUUGGUUUAACAUCUCAGAUCUGCUUUUGGUAUAGGUCUUCAUAGCUGCCCUCAAUUAGGCUUUGCAGUCUUUUGAUGAGGUUAUCACCUUUUCCUGUCUUCCUAUUAAUGAGUGAUAAUGAUUAGAAUAGCCUCCUGCUUUAUCUACUGUGUUCAUUGCCUAGGGUUCAGUGCCUUCUUCCCUGUGAAUAAAUCACAUGACUCAGGCCUCAAUUUAGAUGCGUUACUCUUCUGCUAAGGAGAGUUCAAAAUUAGACUGUUGCUUCUGGGUGAGGAACUGUCCUGUCUAUAUGAUUUGUAAAAGUUUGUGUCUGCUUUACUCAGGUGGGGGAAACUUUUGGCCCUCCACAUGUUGCUGAACUAUAACUCCCAUCAACCCUAGCCACUGGCCAUGCUUGAUGGGAGUUGUAGUUCAGCAACAUCUGGAUGGCCAAAGGUUCCUUAUACCUGGCUUAACUGCAUCAAAACUGUUGCCUAUCUCUGUUGCUGCAGGGGGAUCUAAUCAUUUUGGAGGAGGAAAUGUUUGUGAAGAGUAAUGUAUUUUAAAUAAAUAUAAAUUAUUUUGGAA